GGUGACUGUUUUGUAUAAUAAUGUCCUUGGCAUAGUUACACACUCAUAUUUUGAGUUGAGAUUGUUUAUUUUACUGGGCUCGAUUUACUGUUUGUUCAAGAUCAAAUGAUGACCUUUCUUUCUCUUUUUCCAUUCCUUUUCACUCCCUUCUCACUGCUUUCUCUUUUCUGUUCUGUCCAUGUCUCUCCCUCCAUCCUCCAUCUCACACUUUUUGUUCACAUUCCCCUCCUCUUUCUCUCCAUCAUCUCCUCCAUUUUUCUUCACUGUUUUCUACCCUGGUUUCCCCCUCAUAUCUUCUUCUCUGCUCCUCAUCUUCAUACUUCAAGGCACAGUCGGUUACAAGCUCUCACACUACAGCUUCAUCCACAUCACUGUCAACUAUCAUCUCUUUUUCUGUCUCUCUCCCUCUCCCUGUCAGUUGGCGGUGUGUUUGUUCUUGGCACUUACACCAUCCUCUUACUAAAGCUGUACUCCUAUAAAGACGUCAACAUGUGGUGCAGAGAGCUGAGCAACGUCAAGGCCAAGAAACUGGCCAGAUCGCUGUCUUGUCCCUCAGCACAGCACCUCAAUGGAGGUGAUGGUCAGGUGUGUUACCCUGGCAACCUCAGCCUCAGAGACAUGUACUACUUUGUAUUCGCUCCAACUCUGUGCUACGAGCUCAACUUCCCUCGCUCGCCUACAAUCCGUAUGAGUUUUCUGCUGAGGAGACUGUUUGAGAUGGUGAGAACCUAUCUCAGCAUGAGCCAAACACACCUUUACU